AUGGAACUUGAAAAAUUCUUCGUGCUGGUUUUGGCCUGCAUUUUGCUCGUUUCGGGCAAUGCCGAUGCCAAAUUCAAACGCGGGGAAAUCUCUACGGAACAAGAUAUUGUCUUUUUGGAUCACUUUUACUUCCAAAACACCGAAGACAACAUUCUGAAGUAUACUAUAACCUACCCAGCUGACCAAUGCUGCUAUCGACUUGUCAUAUUCGAUGAAAGCUAUGGACAGUGGGGAAGCAUACGACCGAACGAAAAUAGACUGACCUGUCGGGGAAAGAUUGAUCGGGUUAAAGAUCUUGAUUUUAAAAUCAAAUUGACUGGCCUUGAUCCUGUUUGUCACGUGACUACUGAUGACAAUGGUUUCAAAUGGCUGGUUUGUCAAGGUACCAUCGACUUCGAAUCCCGACAGCGCCCACAGUACUAUUUCGUUCACCUGACUAAUUGCCGAUCCAACCGGAAAGGGUUGAGGAAUGUCUCGUUUUCUUUGCACAUGACAAAUGGAAACAAUCGUCUCAAAGAAUUCGCUGAAAAUCAGAAAUUCAUGAUGGAGACUGACUUGGCCUUCUUUCUUGGAUACGUGGUGAUGACUAUCGUGGCUACUCGAUUCAGAUACGUCUUGUCGCUGAGGAAACUGCUGCACCUAACCUAUCGGUUAUUCUAUAGCAGUCUGUUCUUCAAGACAGUGUGUCUUCUACUCCUAAACAUCGAUUUAUCAAGGUUUGCCCGGACCGGACUUGAAAUGACUAAGAUGCAAGACGCUGCUGAGGUAUUCUCGUGGCUGUCUACGGUUUUCUUUGUGUGUGUUCUGCUGCUUGUGUCAAAGGGGUUCUCUAUCACCAGAGCUCAGAUAAGCCUUCCUGGAACAGUGAAGACGAUAUGUUUUGGUUUCAUCUACUUGACCUUCUACACCAUCGUCUUCUUGGACCAACGUGUGCUCCUGGACCCCCAAGACAUCAUUGUUAGUAUGACGUCACUAUCAGCAAGCGGUUUGAUUGGCCUAAAGUUUACUGGUGCUAUCAUUUUCGUAUACGGCUGUUUCGUGACGAUCAAGAACCACCCAAGAAAGGUGCCCUUCUAUUUACCAUUCACUAUCUUCUUUAGUGUUUGGUUUGUAGCUGAGCCUACCUAUCGACUUCUAUCCUUGUACGUCUACCCAGUUCUGAAAAGUCCUAAUAUCUGGAAUGGGAUCGACCUGGCUUUGUGUUUUACUGGACAUGCCCAUUUCCUGUACAUAACGCGACCGGACCGUCUUAAUAAACGGUUCCCUUUCCAUCUGCGAGCAGGCAAGGUUUCAUUCCGUGAUAUCGAUGAGGACGUAGAAGAUCGUUAUAUUCCAUCGAAGGACUUCUAUUCCAUUUUCCAAACUGGAAAGAAAUCGGAUAUCAGAACUGGAACGACAUUGACUAUCCCCGAAGGACCCCAGCACUUCCAAACACCAGUGUUGCCUUUCAACGCACCAUCGGAAGAGUGCCGGGCUGUCCUUUCUCGACCAUCCUUACCGGAAAUACCAACCGUGUCUGCUACUGUUGACCUAUCAUAUCGAACACCGACACCGGUUAUACCAACGGUAUCUGGUACUGUCCAGAAACAGACACCUGCAACGUCCUCGGUAUUUGUUUCCAUGCCUUCUGUAGUGGCUAGGCAGUCGAUGAAGAUCACUCCUGCUGGGUCACCAAGCGGUCAGAAACAAUUUUCGAUGGAUGACGGCGCGGCAGUUGAGAUCUCCACGGCUUCUGUUCCCAAGGGAGGAUUCUCUAUAUUCUUCGUCCAGAACCAACCGGACACCGGCACAUCUACUGUAUCUGAUUACAUCAAUACAGAAGACAGAGAUACUUUGGAUCGUGAAGAGAAGCUUGCUGCUCCAAAAGGAGGGUAUUCUAUCUUCUUUGUGAACAAGCAACCGGAAACCCUGACUUCGCCCAAGAAUUCUGGCAUGGAUGUGAAAGAUCAGACGCAGAAGCACACCUCUGUGAAUAAGGAACAACCCAGUCGUAACAAUGACUACAGCUUCCUGCCAAAGAUCACACCAUCCAUCGAAUCCACUGUGUCAUUUUCUCCGAAGACUUCCAAAGGAUCCGGAUCUGAUGUCCAACUGACCCAUCUUCCUCUGGAGAUCCUGCCAGCGACAUGCAAACCCAAUCAAGAGCCUUUGAAGACCAAGGCUCCUUGGGACUCUGUAUCUGAUGAGAAGGUGCAUGAAACCAGAGUUGCUGAGAAUCUGAAACAGAUCGUUAUCAGACCAGCAGAUGACUCUAACCUGGACAAAGACAUUGAUGAAUCCCGAUGUUACACAGAGAGCAUAAGCCAGGUCAACGGCGUAGCUUCUAAAGCGAGGAUCAUUAAUGUUCUUCCGGCUAAAGAACCUACCUUGCAGAUAAUGACCCCUGAAGAAUCCGAAUCCGAUACUGAUUUGCCCGACAUCCAAAGCCAAAAUAACGGCGGCAAUCCCAACGUGAGGUUCAUCAGUGUUAAACCACUGAAUGAGCCUUACCUAAAGAUCACUUCUACCAGGGAAUCCAGAUCUGUCGUGAAGUCUAUCAAGAACGAGGGUUCGACUGAGACAUCGGGCAAGGCACGCUUGAUCACCAUGAGACCAACCAGCGAGCCUCUUCAAAACAUUGCCAAUGUGGUUUCUGCUGCUCGGAUCAAGAAAGUCCUCGAUGAUACUACCGACGCCGCUCCCAAGCCAUCUUCUUGGGAAACGACUGAUGUGCUCGAGAUCAAGAACACUGGACCUCUUGGUGAUCCAUUGAAGCGUCAUUUUCCGGUCCCUCGUCCCAAGAUCCAGAACUGGACCACCGAGCCCCUAAAGCAGCCAAAUGACCUUCUCAUCAACGUCGGCCAAGGAGAUGUAUCUGAGAAUAAUCUCUUCGAUCCAGAUCAUGGACGUCCAUCUUGUCCAAAAGAGCCAGAUAAUGAUGCUUCAAGAUCUGAAGACAUCGUCACUGCUCCUGCUGUUAAUGGAGGGGAUUUUUCAAAGCCUUCCAAAAAGACCCGGAAGGAGCCUUCACAGAGACGAUUUCCAAAAUCAACCAACCUGGGAAUGACUCCGGACACCUCUUCUGAUAACCAACAUAUGGCAAUGGAUCCGACGACAAAGAAGAAGAAGCUCAAACGAUUCCUAAAGCUCGCACGCAGGCACAAGAACAAGCCUGCGAAGGCGGAAUAGGAACAAAUCGCUUCAACUAAUAACGACCUUAAAAACAAACCGGAUACUUUUGGGCCAUAAACAAACCUUCAGCUGACUUGAAAUAGUCUUCAAUAAGAAACAACUGGAUAAUUGGAUCAUGAAACAAACCUGCCAAAAUAGAAUAUUGACUGGAACUAAUUGCUUCAACCAUGCGAUAAAGACUGAAAAACAAACCGGAUACUUUUGGGCCAUAAACAAACUUUCAAUGGACUUCACAUAUACUUCAAUAGGAAACAACGGGAUACUUGGAUCAUGAAACAAACCUGCAAUAAGUUAGAAUAUUGUUUGUUGUUACAUUUAUAUCAAGCUUUAGACGGAAAUUGAAAUCAAUAUUGAAAUUCGAAGACGCCUUAGUAACGGAUAUAUAUUAUGCAAGCUAUUUUGUACAAAAAAAAUCUAAAUAUGCACUAGAUGGUAGAUAUAUCGUCACCGUUAACUUAAGCAAAUAAGAGGCAUUACUUUUAUUUAAUAAAAACUGUUCUGAGUUCUGAAAUCGUGUUUAUAAUUUUUUUUCUCCGAAAGAUGCAUUAAAUGACAUAUAUAGAGAACUUAAUCAUCAAUGCAUUAUUUUGAAGACAUUGUAUUUCGUAGAGCUCAUUGCCAAAGAAGAUUUUUCGACAGUUGAAUACAGCAACUUGUGCUUUCGUGCCACUGCACUUUGAAAAAAAAAUUGUCAUCUUAUUGUAAUUUUUUCUUAAACGUGAUGGACACGGAUUUGAAAUUUUCAACGAUAUAUCUGCCCAGCAUAUCGAUUCAGUAUUGAAGUACUUGAAUAAAAAAAAUAAACGCAGUGUAUACCUGAAAUAACGAAAUAUUUAUUUUCUGAAAUAAUCCACACCUCAUUUGAAAUACACACUUAAAAAAACUACGUUACUAUGUAGAUUCAAACUUGUGAAAAUAUGCACCAACUACGC